AUGUACAUUAAGAUCAAGACAAUGAGGUUGGAUUGGUACUCCAAGCCAGAAAAUCAGAAGAUUAUAUGCGCGGACCUCUACCAGGGUCUUGUAGACACGAUCGCUGCUGGUGAGUCAUGUGGUGAUCGGAUUGGUAAAAGGAUUGUGCUCCCAAGGACAUUUCCUGGUGGUGAUAGAGAUAUGAAGAGAAGGUUCCUAGAUGCAAUUGCCAUAGUGCAGCGAUGGGGUAAACCAGAUUACUUCAUCACAAUGACAUGCAACCCAUACUGGGAGGAGAUAACAACAGAGUUGAUGCCCGGACAGCUACCACAGGAUCGACCAGACCUGGUUGCAAGAGUGUACAAAGCAAAGCAGCGAGAUUUGAUGGACUUACUCAUCAAGAAAAAGCAUAUUGGCGAGGUUGCGGCCUAUGUUCAUGUGACCGAGUUUCAGAAAAGAGGGCUCCCACAUGAACAUAUCCUUCUAAUCAUGAAGGCAGGUAGCAAGUUAAAGACUCCAGAUGACUAUGACAGAGUCAUAUCAGCAGAAAUACCUGAUAAAGAUAAAUACCCUGUCCUGCAUGCUCUAGUCAUAAAACACAUGUUGCACGGGCCAUGUGGUGUCCUCAAUAAAAAUGUGCUUGCAUGA